UUGAGACAAUCCGAGAGUGCACAAUGAGACGAGCGAAUUAUGUGCUUAGCUUGAUCGGCUUGUGCCUUUUAGGUCUGAAGCUUGGAAAUGCGACGAAUAGCAACGAUAACGGGCCUGGUGUGGCACUUACUAGGCAAGCCGUGGAGCUGGGCAUGGAGCCGUCGGUGUUGGGGGAACUGUGGCGUACCAAGCAACCGGUGAUUAUCAGCAAGCCGGACGCAGUGGGUCAGCUAUGCACGACGACCUACGAGCUGUCACCCGAUGGGCAAAACAUAAUCGCUACUACUGUCAAAGAUGGCCAAAGUGCAGCCAAGUUGGAGGUCACUACUACCACACCCAGCCCAGUAAGUCCACAGACCGACUGGGAGUAUCUGCCUAAUUCAAUUGGUCAUAGACGCACAUUCACAAUAACACCCUUGGCGAGCAAUUGGCCGAGCUUCGGAGAAGGCUCUCCGCAGUUUGGCACCGGCCACAAUAAUCGCGGAUGGCCAAGCUUUGAGUUUCCAGCAGGUGUUACUCCUCAAACGUCUACCAAAACGGAGCAGGACAAUCAGGGACGGACUGUGACGACAACAAUCAAAACCUAUCGAUCACCUGUGUACAGCAGCUGGUCAACAGGCACACCAUUAGGUUCCAACUGGCCGAGUUUUGAAAUUCCAGCGGGAGUAACACCUAAGGUGUCCACGAAGACAGAGCUAGAUGAUCAGGGACGCACUGUGACGACCACGACAAAGACAUACGAAGGAGCCGUGUCAAACAAUUGGACACCAGGAGGUGAAGCUGGAAGUCUACCGUCCAGCUGGCAGCAGAGGCCCAACAUAUUUGAAGGUCAGCUACCCAGCUGGCUUAAUAGGCCACCACUACUACUACCACUACCAACCCGACCCACUGUUCAGCAACCACUGCCAACACCAGUGGCUGGUCUAGGUAUACACACCACCACACGCCUGCCCGCAUUUGGCGACUUCCCAGAUGGAAGUCAGACAACACCCAAGACAAUUGCCACUUUCAAUGUGAAUGACCUUCCCACAUACACAAAUACCAAUGAACUGCCCACCAACACCAGAGUGACCACCUACAGAGGCACCUUCAAUGGCGUUGCACCACCAAAGGCCGCUGAUUUGGAGCCGCCUGUGCGGGCUAUGCUCAAUAAUGCGGGCAUUACUGAUGAAGAUAUACUCUAUGCUCAAGCAAGGGGCGAAGAUAUUGUACGCAACCGCGUUAUGCCCGACGGAAGCAUUAUCAAGACGACGGUUCAUUUAGAUAACAGGGCAGUUGGAUCCCCAGAGGCCCCCUUGCCAACACCACCACCACGACCAUUGGCGCAGACCCAGACUCACCAAACACAGCCAGCGGUCGAGAGCCAACACGAAUCGCAGGCUGCGGGACAGCAAAGGGACAAAUCAAUAGAAGAUUUUCUCUCACAGGUGAAUCUUAGGCCUGACGAUAUUCUGGCCCAAAACGGAGAAGUGGUCAAGACAAUUGUCGAUAAGGAUGGUCGGGUGCUAAGUGCUAAAUUCGUGCUGAGUACCGUUAAAGGUGACGAACAGGCCGAGGGGCAAGGUCAGGCAGAACUGCCAACCAAAUAAUUUCUGAAAUUGAGUCUUUGUCAUGAAUUGUAAACAAACAAAUUCAAAAACACGUAAAAACAUUAUGAACAAUAUGAAUAAAUUAAAUAAAAGCUUAUCAGUGCGGGUUUUUCCUAAAGAUUACCCCAAUCUAAAA